AGUUGAGUAAUAAUUCAUUUCGAAACUGAAAGUAGAAAUCUAGUUUUCCGAAAGGCUGAAUCAGAACAAGACCUGUCAAUAUUUGCUUUAACUCGGUUAGAGUUAACUUAUUUCUAGUGUGGAUUAAAGUUUAAUAAUGUCUGUCUACGUUGAUAAUGCAAAGAACAGGAAGCUAGGUCGAGUGGGAAUGCCGAAGGGUAGUAUGCCUGAAUCGAAAGGCGCAGCUGGUGGCGGCGAUCGCAGUGGGUCUUCUACAAGGCGGGGACAGGCUGCCGGACCUUCCGGACACGUUGCCAGCCAAGAACACGUUGCUGAACAAAAUCCGAAACCCGGAACGUACAAAGACAACUACAAUAACCGCAAACUGGGUAGAGUCGGCUUGCCAAUAGGAUCUAUGGUUGUAUCAAAGUCGAAAGGUCCUAACCAGGCAGCUGAGAAAGACUCGAGUCCAGCUAACGUCAAAACCGAACAUACUUCCAAAAUAGGUAGAGGUGAGAUGUAUGAAGGAUCUAAAAGGGAAAACGGCACCGGAAGAAGAAAUACUUCAUACCACGAACAGCCGGCAUAUACUGACACCGUGUGUGGGAAAAGUAAUGGCGGAACUGCUUCUUGUCAGAACCUUCAAUUCAAUGAAUCACCAGAUAAAACUGUGCGUCCCAAAGUUUAUGUUGACAAUGCACAGAACAGGAGACUUGGAAGAGUUGGGAUGGCGUAUGGGGACGCUGUUAUAUACAACAGCGGCCCGAGCAGUCCAACUGUCGCGACAAAAACUAAGGUAUAUGUGGACAAUCCUCAAAACAGACGGCUAGGCAGGGUCGGGUUACCUAUCGGUACGAAAGUAUUUUCUUCAAUGACCCAGAGUGUAGUGCAGAAGAACUAUGAUGAUACGAGUGAAAACAGGAAGUUAGGACGUGUUGGAAAACCACGAGGUUGUCUACCCGUACAGAAAAAGAGUAAAACCACGAAGAAAAUUCCAGAAAUGCUAAAGAAAAUUGAGAACGGAGAUGAGUUUAAAGAGUAUGACUUUGAAGACAGGGGAACAGCCGAUGGGGAUCUAGAAUAUGGGUUACUCGACUGCAGCGGUGACAGGGAAGCAUUUGACCAAGCAAUGUACAGGCACAAUCGUUAUCAGGAAGAAUUAUCUUGGAAUAGAAACACCACCACGAAAGCUCCGCCAAAGACACAAGUGGAAAUCCUCAAGGAUUACAAGGGUAAAAAAAUUCCAUUUACUGAACUUAAAUUGCGAAAAGUAAUUGGGCGCGGAGGAUUUGGACAGGUGUUUUUUGCAAAAUGGAAUGAGACCGUUGUCGCAGUGAAAAAACUGCAGAAUGAGAAGAUCUCAGAAUCUAGAAUAAGAGACUUUGCCGACGAAGUUAUGAAAUUCUGUACCUUAGAUAAUCCAAACAUUGUCAAAUUCAUAGGGGCAUGUGUCCAGAAACCAAACCUCUGCAUUGUUAUGGAGUACAUGCAGAUGACCUUAUAUGACGCCAUCCAUAUAAGAAAUGACACAGAGUUUAGCGAGGAGGAGCAAAUUGAGGUCAUUCAGCAAACAUGCGCAGGAAUGAAUUAUCUACACAGUAAAAGAAUCGCUCACUGCGAUCUAAAAACGCCUAAUAUUUUAUUAGAUUAUGUUCAAGAUGAAAUUUGUGAAGUAAAAAUCACCGACUUCGGCCUGAGCAUGAUAAUACAUGAUACGUCAGUAUCUGUGGAGGAGCUUGUGCGAAAUAUCGGUACGCCGCAAUAUUCUCCACCGGAAAUGCUGCGAGGAGAUAUUCUAUCCGCAAAAGAUAUGAUGAAGGCCGAUGUGUACUCCUUAGCUUUAGUCUUCCUUGAAGUUAUUUUCAAAGAAGAACCUUACCCAGAUUAUACUUACCAACAGCUUAAACAGGAAGUUGUUGAGAAAAAAGCGGUACCGGAAGUACCUUCAGACCCUGCCAUUGAUAAGAGGGUGAGCGACAUUAUGCGAAAUGCCUGGAGUUACGAGCCAUUGAAAAGGCCUUCUAUGCCACAGAUUUUUGAAAUUGUUCAGCAAUGUCAAAAACUGUAUAGAGACUUUUGUAUGUCUUAGAAAUUUUGUCAGAAAUCUGAUUAUUAUUUUGUGGUUAAACAUGUCAUCUUAUUCAUUUCUCGAUAACUGUGUUUAUUUUUUAUUUGUAAAUACAAACUCGGUAAGCCGCUUGAAAUGACUUGCAAACUUGGUAUUUUACAGCUUAAUCCACCGAAAAAGCCCGCUUACUGAUCUCAGCAAAUAGCGUGCAAUCAUCUAUCAACUCUUGAUUCAUGCGAAGAAAUUGUCAUUAAGGAAGUCAUUGUUCCUGACUAAUGUACUAUUGAAAAAAGCGUUGAUUUAUUUAGACAUUUUACACAUCUUUUACACUUUAAUACUGAAACUGAGUGUACGACUGCCUGGAAAUCCGAUGAAGAAUUUGGAAUAAAGAUAUCUCUGCUAUCAAUCAACGAAAUUUAUACAAAUUGGAAGGCAGAAUCAUGACACUAAACUUCUCUAAGUUUGAUUUUUAAAACAAAAUUAAAACUGGAUUAAUUUAAAUUUCAUCCCAACAUCGACAUAUUUUAAAGCACCAUAGUUGUGUCAUUUUUACGCUUAUUUUUUGUUUAUCAUGGUUUUAGUUUUAGUGAACUUACUCAUAGUUUUGACUGUAAUCUUUGAACAAAUUAUUUGCAUUUUUAUGGUUCUAAUUGUCUGUUUAUAAACCAGUGUAAAUGUUAGAUCUAUGUUUUAAUAAAUGUCUUAUUAC